GAAUAAGCCGGUAGCUGUGAGGCAGCAGCGCAGAGAUGAGACGGAUAGGGCCUAUUCCCGGGGCUGCCCUGAUUCUAUUACUGGUCUGGGCCUCGGCCGGAGCCGCUCCUGGAGGCGCAGAGACGUUGAGCGCGGAGAAGAGCCUGGUGUGGGGCCCGGGACUACACGCUGACAUCGUCCUGCCGGUCCGCUACUUCUACAUACAGGCUGUCACCGCCGGGGGGCGCAACUUCACCCAAUCACCAGGAAAAGGGGCAUUUAGGGUUGUCAUCAGAUCACUCGCGAAAGAGUUUGUGCGCAUUCAUGUACCUGAUCCUCUAGACCGGAACGAUGGCUCAUUUCUGAUGAGAUACCGCAUGUACGGCACUGGGAACCAGGGGCUGAUGAUCGAGGUGCUUCAUGGAGACAAGCACGUUGCACAGUCCCCUUAUACGCUAAAGGGUCCAGUCUAUCAUGAAUACUGUGACUGCCCAGAAGAAGACCCUCAGACAUGGCAGGAGACUCUGUCUUGCCCAGACACAGAAGCUCAGAUUUCUAAAGACUUUGAACCUUUCCCAAGCAUCGACCUCACCAGGCUUCUCAAUGAGGUUCCGAAGAGAUUUGCAGACAGAGGGGCCAUUGUACACUAUACCGUCCUCAAUAAUCAAAUCUAUCGGCGCUCCAUGGGCAGAUACACCGACUUCAAGAUGUUCUCUGACGAGAUACUUCAGUCGUUGGCCAGAAAGGUGCGUCUGCCUGACUUUGAGUUCUAUAUUAAUGUUGGCGAUUGGCCAGUGGAAAAUCGCAAGGCUAAUGAUACCCCAGGGCCUCUGCCGAUGAUCUCUUGGUGUGGCUCCUCGGAUUCCAGAGACAUCAUUCUCCCGACUUAUGACAUCACACAUUCAACCCUUGAGACUCUCCGCGGAGUAACCAAUGACCUACUCUCCAUUCAAGGACAUACUGGUCCUUCUUGGAGUAACAAAACUGAACAGGGCUUCUUCCGAGGACGAGACAGUCGGGAGGAACGUCUUCAGCUCGUCCAAAUGUCGAGGAAACACCCGGAGCUUCUAGAUGCUGGAAUAACAGGGUAUUUCUUCUUUAGGGAACUGGAGAAUGAACUGGGAAAAGCUUCACUUAUCGGCUUCUUUGAUUUCUUUAAAUACAAAUACCAGGUGAAUGUAGAUGGAACGGUGGCAGCCUACAGAUUCCCAUACCUCAUGCUGGGGGACAGCCUUGUGCUGAAGCAAGACUCCCCAUACUACGAGCACUUCUAUAGCGCACUGAAGCCAUGGAAACACUAUAUCCCCUUCAAAAGGAAUCUGGGGGAUUUAAUAGAAAAGAUCCAGUGGGCAAAGGAUCACGAUGAAGAAGCAAGACAGAUUGCCAAGGAAGGACAGACACUUGUCAGAGAGCUGAUGCAACCUCACAGGCUGUACUGCUAUUAUUAUAAAGUGUUUGAGAACUAUGCCAAGCGGCAAACAAGCAAGCCUGAAAUCCGGGAGAAGAUGGAACAUGUCCCUCAGCCAGAUGAUAGUUCCGCCAUGUGCCAGUGCCACAGGAAGAAGAUCAUCAGGGAGGAACUGUAAUUAUUCUACCAAAUGAGAUCUAUAUACAUAGAAACCAGCUGAUAGGAAGGAGGAGUUUGGGAUACCACAGGGAUCAGUCUUGUGUACAACUGAACGGUACUUUCAGGACCAAACGCUACUGCUACAACUACAACCAUGUUUGGCUGCAUUUGCACUAAAAAGAACGAUCUAUUAAAGCAAUUUAUAACAGCAAAUGCUCCAUUCAUUGUUAGUAGGCACAGUCCAAAUCUCUAGCCAAUCAUUUUGGUGCUUCCCUAUUUAUGGGAUGUUGGCACUGUGACAAGAUGCUUCACAUAAAAACAAAAGCAACUUCACGGUCAGAUCUAGAAGUUUUUGUUUAGAUGCUGCAAUAGAUUUGUAGGUCUAAUUUAUGAAAGGUCACAAUGGAAAUUUAGUUUAGUGGAAAAACCACAUUUCUCCUGCAGACUGAUAUUAUUAAAUAUUCAGCAGUUUCAGUGCUGAAAGCUGCUGAGACCCAUUCAAACCAACAGGCACUCCAGCUUGUGUUUGAAUGGAAAUCUUACCAGCACUGCCAGAACUAUCAAGAGACAAACAAUUUUCAGAAUAGAAGUGCAAUCUCCUAUAGAUCUUUGUAUAACCUAUUGUUACAGUACAAGCAGAAUAGCAGCCCAGGGUAGGAAGCCUACUUGAGCAUCAUGUACGGUUCCUCCCAAUCUAUUUGUUUCAGCCUUUGGCCGAAGAAAAACAAAACAGAAGCAGUAAUGUACAUAUUUUAACUUUUGUAUUUUAAAAUUGAUUUAUAAUAAAGGAAACUUUGAGACA